AUGCAUAUGUGCAGUCAGGCGGGGACACCGAUGGAAGACGACGACGCGAGCGGGAUCAUUCUCUACUGCGACGAAGACCCUUUCGCCGACGACUCGACGCCAAUUCCACCACCGGCAGCACCAUCCGGCGGCGACGUUGACGAUGUGCAGCAGGUGGUUGAUCUGGCCAUGGCGUACAAGGCCAGGGAGCGAUGCUUUGCGCCCGUGGGAUCGGCUGCCUACAUCCACCGUCUCCUACACGACCAUCAUCAGCACGGCGGGGUGUCAAGCGCUAGGGCCAAAGCCGUCCACUACAUCAUCUACGCGUUUAGCCGGUUGGGAUUGGCGGCUGCGACGGCGUUCAACGCGGCCAACUAUCUGGACCGCUUCUUGUCCAUCAACUGCCAUCUGAGUUGGGAGGUAUGGAUGGUGGAACUGGUGAGCGUGGCGUGCUUGUCGGUUGCAUGCAAGUUGGACGAGGUCACCAUACCAUCCCUCCACGAUCUACAGAUGGAGGAGGUGACGAGUCAUUCGUUCCGGGCGUCGACCAUCCGGGACAUGGAGCUGACGCUGCUCAAGGCGCUCCAAUGGCGGCUGUCCUGCGUCACCCCAUACUCCUACCUCGACCUCCUCCCGCUUCCCACCACCGCCGCCGCCAAUCGAUCUCGUUGCAUCCGCCUCCUCCUUCGAUCCCUCUCCGAGCCCUCGUUUCUCCGAUUUGACGCCUCUGUGGUUGCCGCCGCUGCACUCAGGUGUGUGGCCCUACUGCAGGAUCAUGCCCAUCUCAUUAUCCCUCCACUCUGUCGAUUGGGCGAUGAGUCUGACGAGUGCUUCAAGAUGAUGAAAGCACUUGAAACAAGCUUGGAUCAUCAUCAAUAUCACAAGUACAGUACUGCUGAUCAGCUGCAGGGGAGUCCGAUUUCAGUGAUUGCAUUCGAGAGCACUGAGCGUGACAGUACAGUUAACAGCAGGUCAGCACUCAGUCGGCGCCUGUUUGGCACACCAACAACACUGGACCCAUGA